CACUAGCCCCACGGACUUCUAUGUGUCAUCCAAGCGUCACAACCUUCAUCGACUGUCCAAACCAGAUACACACCGAGUAUCCGUCCUCCGAUUUCUAUUCCCAUGGCGUAUACACACUGAGUAUCCAUCCAUCCUUUUUAAUUCUAAAUCUCUGAAGAGAGGAGGACAUUUUAUUCCUAAUGAAUAAUAAAUCCCAGGUGAAAACGGCAACCUGUGGGAAUGGAAACUGCGCAAUGGCAGGUUCCAUGAUUGAGCAGUUGGUGCCUGAGAUAGCAUUACAUGUCAUGAGUUUUUUGGACUAUGGGAGCCUCUGCAGCCUCUCCAUGACUAAUUCUUCAAUGCGCCGCGUUGCAAACGAUGACAGAGCGUGGAAAGCCCUCUACCACAAGCACUCACACAAGCAACAGAAGAAUUGCCCUGGACAAACCUAGCGUGGGUAAAAAUUCCAACAUGUGGGCCUGUUCCUCCUGCUAUUGCAAAACUGACUUCACAACAGAGCAGGCAGCUAUAUCACCUCCCAAUGGUUGGAAAGCAUAUUACGCAGCAACAAAAGCUGUAAUUGGGGUAAAUGAGGAAUGGUAUCGUGUAUGCAAAUUAAAAUCAUUACGGGGAAUGAGUCGUCUGUGGCUUAAUGCUGACUAUGUUAAGUGUAUACUUCCAGGCAGGGCAGUUUUCACAGGGUAUGAAAAAGUGUUGCAGAGUUGGGCAAUUACAUUCCAGUGGGAUCAACAUAAUGAUCGCCAGCUCCGUGAUGUUCAGGCGAGGGUGUUUGGGGAUAUGGCAUGGGUAACUUUUAAAGAAUUUUUCAAUGCAGCCAUAGGUCCUGCUCUGGCUACUAAUAUAUUUGAGUUUCACAAUGGGCAGUGGUUCAUGGUUCAUCAUCACAGUUCACCUAUGGUUGAGGUUGGCAUUGGUGACCCCAUGGUGCUUGUAUAAACAAGUUGUAUAUGAAGCACUUCAUCAUCGUUUCUUAAAGAGGGAGAUAAUUUCACAUGUGCUUUGGUUUU